CGCGAGGACUUCGAGACCAGCGAGGAACUCGGGACGACUUGGAGUGCUGCGGUGAGUGAUUGGCGUUGGUGCGCACGGCGAGACUCCACGUGGUACGGGGUUCGAGCUGAAGUUCGCGGCCGACACAGUGAGGGGCGAGGCGGAGAGUGGCAAGGAGACAAGCGAGCGAGCUACUGGGCUCUGGACGGCGUGGAGUGA